UGGCCUUGUGAUGCCUUGCACAUGGAGUGUCUGGAAAAAAAGAAACAUAAAGACCUAAAGGUCCAGAUAGGACCAGCAAGUUUUCCUGAAAACACGGAGGCCGAAAGUUGACCAAGUAGGGGCCCACACUGUGUGCAGUCCUGUACGGUGUGCAUGCAGUCCCCUGCUGGUGCACUGGGUGGUCCUGGACAUUCAUAGACGGGACAGAACCGGAUCGGACUUCCUUGUUUUGGGAUUGCAGGGAAGGGCGUGUUCAUCGCCGUUUUAGGUGCAGCCAGUGUCUGACACACCAAACCCGACCUUGAUAGCGCUGUGAUGGCACAGGGAUUCCUGUUGGCCGAAAGAAGCAUCGCCGAAUGCGAGCGUCGGCAUCUCGACGCGGAUGCCGAAAGACGGAAAAGACGGUGGGUCCGACUCACUAACAUAUAUAACCUCCGACUCACGUUACAUGGGCCACCUGUGUGUAAAGGACAAUGGUUUUCACAGCUCAUUUCCCAUCAUUUUCCACUUCCAUGUUAGUGAGUAGGAGUGUAAACGAUCAUAAACUGGCCCCUUGGGGACCUCCUUGCCUCCUUGAUGGGGGGCAACAUACCCUGCAUUGCCGAGCUGGCAAUGCUCGCACGCGUUGUAAGACUCGAAACCUGUUGCCGACAGACCCGCAAAUCAUACGAAGCAAAGUGAUCCUCAAGUAGCUUAGUCAGAGGCACCCGAGGCAUCACAGAAGGUGGCUAGCAGGCGAUGCACAGGCCAAAACUUGGAAAGCUUGCUGGUGAGGACACCUAGCAGGAACAUAGCGAAUCGGCUCGUUGCCAUGUGAUCAGGCUGGCGGGUACCCAAAAACAGCCUAUUGGUUUUGGACAAACGGACAGCUUAAGCUGCAAGCUUGACCCACUGCAACCAUCCUGAAGGCACUCUGCUGGGGGAUGCAAAGCGGCCUCAAAUGGCAACCCCUAAAUCAUAAAGCGCAACAUUUGGCUGAUGACUUGUGAUGUACAAGUGGAAAAGUUUUGGUUUGAACAACAUUUGGUUUAUAGCAGACAAACAUACUUACACAACUUCACGUCCCAAGCAUUCUGCCCCAUUUAUGGCUCAAGAAACAGAGGGGGGAUUGCUCGGCUUAGAUCUUUGACGUGUGAAUCAUGGUGCAGAUGAUUAUGAUUGACCCAGCAGAGUACCAGCAGCAACGAAGAGAGCAGCUGCAGGAAUUCUUGUCUAGACAUGGAUUCUCCGAUGUUAAUAGCCCAGCUUGUGAUUCUCAUGGCAGUGUUCGUUUUGAGGCACUUUCUCCACUGCAAGUGGCCCACCAAACAGGCAACACGGAGAUGGCAGAGAUACUCCUUGAAGCGGGUGCCAAACGUCCACGCGGAUUGAAGGAUUUCGGUGUGACUUUGGGUUUGCGCAGUGCCUUGAGUUUCAUGUCCCGAUCAUCCGUUGAAUCGCAGGAGGAACUCAGGGAGUGGAGACCUUCAAAAUCUUGUUUGAAACGAGCAAGCAGCUGGGAGAUUGACGAGGAUGCGAUCCAAACAGUUCUGCUUUAGGAUCCCACAUAGUUCCUUAGACACCUGCAGGUAUAAUACCUCAGGUCUUGCUACCUCUUGCGGAGAGCAUACCAGGUGCUCGCUGCAAGAUGCUAGAGCAUGCUUAAAGAUCCAACUAGAUCCGAGCAGCAAAGAUGGUCUUGCAAGAUGGUGCUUGCUACUCCUUGAUGUCGGUGCCAGAUGUUGAAAAUGAGCAAAGUCUCGCACCGUGUUUCAGUUGGGUACCUUGUGCCCACUUAGUUUCCAAGUUAUCCCUCAAAGCCGUCUUGCAAAGAGCAUGCUAGGUGCUCCUUGCAGGACGGUACUAUAUACGUGACUCCUAGGAUACUCCUAGGUUUGUUAUGUUUGGCUCUUAGCUUUCAAGACUGCAUGCGUGUGCACCAGUUUGGGCACCUGGUCCAGCCAUGUGCACAUGCAGCAGGGAUUGGGUCACGCAAGUUUGGACGCCUGGUCCGGCAACUUAGUUGCAAGGCUUGCGAUGGCAGCAAGACAUGGCAUAGUGAACUUUGCAAGCAAA